UGCGGCAUCUGCGAGGAUGGGGACGCGGAGGGCUUGCAGAUUCUUGGCAUGCAGUUUCGGCUCCAAGAGCAGGAGGAUAAGGAGAUCGCAGUUUGUUCCUUCUAUUUCGCGAACAUCACCUCCUGGUCUCAGAAGGCAUGGGACUACCUGAAUCAAGACAUGGGGGAUUCCAAACUUCUGAUUUCAUUCUUGUGGCUGAACAUCACCUGCAUGGUCCACGUCACAUUGAAGCCAUCAAAAACCUCAAGAAGCUUGGGUGGAAGGCGUCUUCCCAGACGGCAGUUUGGUACCUCUCGAUGUGGAUCUCACGGAGGUGUAUAGUCCUUGGUGCGCAGUCGUGUGCAUCAUCGCCUUCUUUUCCUUGAGAUCAAGGCUAACCUCAACCCGUGAGGCCUGCCAUUGCCCACGCAGUGGACCAGCCACACCAUCCGCACGGUAGAGAAUGGCAUUGUCUUUGUGGUGCUCUACCGUGUCUCGGGCUCGGGCCUCCAAGUCGAAC